GCUUUGGAUUCCUGUUUUUAGACACUGCUCUAUGCCAAAAAAACCCGGCCCAUGGUUCAGCAUAGACUGUAGUAGUCGGCCCAAAUAGCCUGCCAAGCCCACCUGCGACGUCAAACGAAAGGACUGCCCUAACCUCGUGCAGUCGUGCCCGCUUGUUUCCCUUGCUCGCCUUCACCCCUCGCCGCCGCCGCCGCCGUCGCCGUCGCAAGCGACGAUGCUCGACAUCAACUUGUUCCGCACCGACAAGGGCGGCAACCCAGACCUUAUUCGCGAGUCCCAGCGCAGUCGGUUCGCCUCCGUCGAGCUCGUCGACGAGGUCAUCGCCCUCGACAAGGCAUGGCGCGAAAGGCAGUUCGAGCUGGACAAGAUCCGGCAGGAGCUCAACGCUACCAGCAAGAAGAUCGGCAAGCUCAAAGCCAGCAAGCAAGAAGAGGAAGCGAAGAAGCUCAUGGAGAGCACAGACGAAAUUAAGAAAAGGUUGGCAGCCAAAGAAGUUGAGGUGCAGGAGGCCAAGAGCACCCUCGACGCCAAGGUCACGACGAUUGGCAACAUCGUGCAUGAGUCCGUGCCAGUCAGCGACGACGAGGCAAACAAUAAAAUUGUACGGACAUUUGGAGAGAAGAGAGUAGAGGAUAAUUUGAAGAACCACGUGGACCUUUGCAGGAUGCUUGAUAUUGUCGCAUUGGAAAAGGGUGCUGAUGUGGCUGGUGGUAGGGGUUUCUAUUUAAAGGACGAAGGUGUCCUCCUUAACCUGGCAUUGAUAAAUUUUGGGCUAGCUUUUCUGAGAAAACGGGGAUUUAAACCAAUGCAAACUCCUUUUUUCAUGAGAAAGGAAACUAUGGCAAAAUGUGCCCAGUUGGCCCAGUUUGAUGAGGAGCUUUACAAAGUUACAGGUGAUGGCGAGGACAAAUAUCUCAUAGCUACAUCAGAGCAGCCUUUAUGUGCUUAUCACUUAGGUGAUCGAAUCUACCCUGCUGAACUUCCAAUCAAAUAUGCUGGGUACUCCACAUGCUUCCGGAAGGAAGCUGGUUCUCAUGGAAGGGACACAGCUGGUAUCUUCAGAGUCCACCAGUUUGAAAAAAUUGAACAAUUCUGCAUUACAAGCCCAAAUGGCAAUGAUUCCUGGGAGAUCCAUGAAGAGAUGCUAAAAAAUUCAGAAGAUUUCUACAAGGAGAUUGGGCUACCAUACCAAGUUGUUUCCAUUGUCUCCGGUGCUCUUAACGAUGCUGCUGCUAAGAAAUACGAUUUGGAAGCAUGGUUCCCUGCAUCAAAGACCUUCCGAGAGUUAGUAUCCUGUUCAAAUUGCACUGACUUUCAGUCAAGGAGACUUGGAAUUGGGUAUGGCCAGAAAAAGAAUGACGAGCAGUCCAAGCAGUUUGUUCAUAUGCUGAACUCUACCUUGACUGCCACUGAGAGGACCCUCUGUUGCAUCCUGGAGAAUUUCCAGAAGGAGGACGGCGUCGAGGUGCCAAAGGCGCUGCAGCCUUAUAUGGGUGGAAUAGAGUUCCUUCCUUUCAAGCAACCUUUGGAUGCCAAACAAGCUGCUGACUCCAAAUCAAACAAGUCCAAAUCAAAGGGAAAUGCUGCUUGAGUUGGACGAGGAACAGACUGGAAUGCAAAUGCACGUGCAGGUUUUGGUUUUUACCCGUUUUGGUUUCCUGGUUGCCGCAUUCUCUGACGACCCACUUGGCACACUUGUAUUGCAAUAGCAUUUCUUGAAAUCCGGAAUGCUUGGCCACCACCGCCAGCUCAACCGGGCUGUGUUUAUCGCGUUGCCACAGAACGCCUGCUUGUCUGUCUCCGAAACCACCAGGUGUUCUUUGUAGCAAGCACAUUAGAAACGGCUUGCUGGCGGAUUGGUUUUUUAUCCUUUUUUUUUUCCAAUGACGGUGGAUUGGUGUACUUCUGAUCGGUAAUGAAAAAAAAGGCAUCUUGUGUUAGUGGAAUCUAGUGCUGUUGUGGCUGGAACCUGGAAAUCCUCAGUCCUCACAAGCAUGUUCUUGGAUUCUCGCAUCGCAUGCAUUGUAUGGAAACACCGGUACCUACAGCGAUGGUCAGGUUCUGGUGGAUUCUGUUUGGCUCUGCUUUCCAGCCUUUUCACUGCUCAACGUGACUGUAGCCUUUUAUAACAUCCAUCGAAUUGGAUCUCAUCUUCUAUUUUAAAAUUCCAUUUAUAAA